AUCAUCAGUUAGCAACCAUCACUACUACAGAAUGAAGCGCGUUCCUACGAUCUUUCUAAUUUUCUUUUGCUCGGCACUGCAUAUCGCUGCCAGCUUUAAUGUGGACAGGGAAGAGUUUGAACCAGGCGGAAACCACUCGAUUUCAAAGCGUUCUACAGCGGCCAGAACGUGCAACGCAGAACUAUAUGAGGGGGCUCUACCGGCCAUGUGCAAUUUGCCGAGCGCGCAAAGAACCCUGCCAACGGAGGCAAGGAACUGCCAAACAAAGUUAAAAGCCAGAAGUUUGAGCACAGCUGAGGCUGUGUGUCUCUGGGAUUGUGCUUACAAAGACAGGAAGUUGACUACUUCGUCGGGAGCUCUUGACACAAAAGCCAUCACUGCCGAGUUUACCAAAAGCCUGGACAAAACUUGGCUGCCGAUUGCCACAGAUGCGAUCAAAACGUGCAUCACUGACGCCAACAAGGCGUCUGGUAUGAAAAUCACCACCGGAUACGUGACGAAAUGCAGAAUGGCGUCUUACAUGUUCAACACUUGCUACAGGGUGAAAAUGCUUGAUAAAUGCCCGACCAGUGCUCAAACCAAGACCUUCUCGAGUGGUCGUAAAUCGUUGUCUUCGUGCGACUUCGCGACCAUCAUCAAGCCAACUGCCGCCAAGGUUCAUUCCGCGUCCUCCAUUGUCGCGAAAGCUGCCACCGUAAAGUUGACGAAAACUUGCAACUCGGAAUUGUAUGAGGGGCCUGUGCCGGCAAUCUGCACCUUGCCAAGCUCGCAGAAAAGCGUACUUCCAGAGGCGACAAAGUGCCAAACAAAAUUGAAGGCAAAAAGUUUUAGCACGGCUGAGCCUGUGUGUUUGUGGGAGUGUGCUUACAAAGACAAGAAAUUGACUACCUCAACGGGAGCUCUCGACUCGAAAGCCAUCACAGCCGAGUUUACCAAAGGCAUGGACAAGACCUGGUUGCCGAUUGCAACUGACGCCGUCAAAACUUGUCUCACCGACGCCACAAAGGCGUCCACAGCGAAACUUGCAUCUGGAUACGACACAAAAUGCAAAACAGCUGCCUACAUGUUCAAUACUUGCUUCAGGGUGAAGCUCUUUGACAAAUGUCCUAAGAGCGCGCAGUCGAAAACUUACGCAGUGGCGCGUUCGGCGUUGGCCGCGUGCGACUACGCGGCAAUCACCAAGUCGACGUCGCAGCUGGCCCACUCCGGGGUGGCUGCGCUGCAAAGUAUGAAGAAGGAAGACCUGCAGAAGACCCUGGCGGCGGCGCAAAAGGACCCCAACUUAAUGAAAAACGCGCUCGCCAGCGUGCCGAAAGAUAUGCUCAAAUCGAUCGACACCUCCAAGAUCAACCUCAAAACGCUUGACGCGAGUUCUUUGACCGCUUUACUAGGAAAGUGAGGCGGCGUCUUGGUCCCCUUGAGUGGAACGGCGAUUUGUCCACUCCAUUAACUCAAAUUUUAUAGACAGUUGUUUGUCUGAUUCGAUAUGUCCAAAUUUUUCAAAUAAACAUUCUUGAA